AUGCUCGAGGACUUGCCUGUGCGAGUAGGAAACGUGGAGAUACCCACUGACUUUGUUAUCCUUGAGAUGGACGAAGAACCCAAGGAUCCGCUGAUCUUGGGAAGGCCCUUUUUGGCAACCGCUGGAGCUAUCAUCGAUGUUCAGAGAGGGAAGAUUGAGCUAAACUUUGGAGAUGACUUCAAGCUCAGCUUCGACAUCAAGAGGUCGAUGAAGAAACCAACCAUUGAUGGACAGCUCUUCUGGGUAGAGACUUUGGAUCAGUUGGCAGACGAGUAUCUAGAGGAGUUAGCCACAGAGGACCAGCUUCAGCUAACCUUGACUGAGAAAGCGGAGGAAAAGAGCUACUUCAACACCGAAUCCUUGGAGUAUGCUCGACUCUUAGACUCCCACAGAGGGACUGUUCCCAAUGACGUGGUUGAGGAAAUCAUAGGACGCUCCGUGAGAGUUGAGGAAAUCCACAAGGUAGAGGCAGAGCACGACCUCGAGCAACCUUCAGACGAUGACUGGAGCGAGCUCAAAGCCCCAAAGGUGGACCUCAAGACCUUACCAGAUGGGCUAAGGUACGCAUUUCUUGGACCAAAUUCAACUUAUCCCGUAAUUGUGAACCAAGAACUUACCCCACCCCAAUUAACCUCCCUCCUUAAUGAGUUGAGGAAGUUCAGGAGAGCAAUUGGUUACUCUUUAGAGGACAUCAAAGGCAUAUCUCCUGAGCUUUGUACUCAUCGCAUUCACCUUGAUAACGAAUCUAAGGGAUCUAUUGAACACCAAAGACGCUUAAAUCCCAACCUCAAAGAGGUGGUGAAAAAGGAAAUCCUUAAGUUGCUUGACGCCGGCGUGAUCUACCCUAUCUCGGAUAGUACUUGGGUCUCGCCGGUACACUGUGUGCCCAAGAAAGGUGGAAUCACAGUAGUCAAGAACGAAAAAGACGAAAUGAUCCCAACCAGAACCAUAACCGGUCACCGAAUGUGCAUAGAUUACCGAAAGCUCAAUGCGGCGACUAGGAAGGAUCAUUUUCCACUGCCUUUCAUCGAUCAGAUGCUUGAGCGGUUGGCAAACCAUCCUUUCUAUUGCUUCCUUGAUGGCUAUUCGGGAUUCUUUCAAAUCCCCAUCCACCCUAAUGACCAAGAGAAAACACCUUCACAUGUCCCUAUGGAACUUUUGCCUAUAAACGGUUCUCAAGCGCUGCGAGGAGACGAACCUAGUGCUCAAUUGGGAGAAGUGUCACUUUAUGCUUGCUCCACCAAAGACAGUCAAGGACGUGAGAAGUUUCCUUGGGCACGCGGUUUCUAUCGGAGAUUUAUCAAGGACUUCUCCAAAAUAGCUCGUCCUUUGACACGCCUCUUGUGCAAGGAGACUGAGUUCCUGUUUGACGAGGAGUGCCUUAAGGCAUUUGAGAUGAUCAAGACUGCCUUGGUCACGGCCCCGAUUGUGCAAGCACCAAACUGGGACUACCCUUUCGAGAUCAUGUGUGACGCUAGUGACUACGCCGUGGGAGCUGUGCUUGGCCAGAGGAUAGACAAAAAGCUCCACGUGAUAUAUUACGCAAGCAGAACCAUGGACGAUGCCCAAGGACGAUACGCAACAACUGAGAAAGAGCUCUUGGCAGUAGUCUUUGCGUUCGAGAAGUUCAGAAGUUAUCUCGUGGGUUCAAAGGUGAUAGUCUACACUGAUCAUGCGGCCUUAAGACAUCUGUUGGCAAAGAAGGACACCAAGCCAAGGCUCCUGAGAUGGAUACUUCUUCUCCAGGAAUUCGAUCUCGAGAUUUUGGAUAAGAAAGGGUCUGGGAAAAGCGUAGGUUUGGCAGUUCGGUUAGAGCAGUUGAAGGCAGUUGAGGAAAAGGAAGCGCCUUGGUAUGCAGAUUACGCCAACUACUUGGUGUGUGGAGAGGUCCCGGCCGAUCUAUCUCCUUACCAGAAGAAGAAGUUCUUCAGGGACAUCUCACACUUCUUUUGGGACGAACCAUACCUGUUCAAGAGAGGAUCGGAUGGUCUGUUUAGGAGGUGCAUAGCUCAGGAGGAAGUAGAGGAAUACUCGAGCAUUGUCACGGAUCGAGCUACGGAGGUCACUUUGCGACUUUCAAAACAGCUUCCAAAGGUUCUUCAAGCCGGAUUCUGGUGGCCAAGCCUUUUCAAAGACACUCACGACUUCAUUGCAAGGUGUGAUAGAUGCCAACGAGAAGGGAGCAUUUCCAAGCGCAAUGAAAUGCCACAAAACCCGAUACUUGAGGUGGAAGUGUUUGAUUGGGUCGAGGCAAUCGCUUCCCCAACGAACGAUGCCAAGGUUGUGCUCAAGCUAUUCAAAAGCAUCAUCUUCCCGAGAUAUGGAGUGCCAAGGGUUGUAAUAAGCGAUGGAGGAAGCCACUUUAUCAACAAAGUCUUCGAGAACUUGCUGAAGAAGUAUGGAGUCAAGCAUAAGGUAGCGACACCAUACCAUCCUCAGACAAGUGGUCAAGUGGAAGUGUCGAACAAGCAGAUAAAGGGGAUCCUCAGGACGAUUGUGGGAGUCACCAAGAAGGACUGGGCAGUUAAGUUGGACGACGCUCUCUGGGCUUACAGGACCGCCUAUAAGACGCCAAUAGGAAGGACACCUUUCUCGCUCCUUUACGGGAAAUCGUGUCACCUUCCGGUGGAGAUUGAGUACAGAGCACUCUGGGCAAUCAAACUGCUCAACUUCGACAUCAGGUCUGCCCAAGAGAAGAGGGGUUUCGACUUACAUGAGUUGGAAGAGAUCAGGCUGGACGCAUAUGAGAGCUCCAAGAUUUACAAAGAACGGACUAAGGCAUUUCACGACAAGAAAAUUGUGCCUAAGGUCUUCAAGGUUGGAGAAUAUGCGCUGCUUUUCAACUCGAGAGCUAAGUUGUUCCCUGGGAAGCUCAAGUCCAAGUGGUCGGGCCCGUUUGAGAUUAAGGACGUCCUUCCUUAUGGAGCUGUCACUUUGCUUAACAACAAUGGCGAGGAGUUCACGGUGAAUGGCCACAAGCUCAAACCGUAUUUGGGCCAACGCAUUCAAGGAGAAGGAGUCUCAACUCCUCUUCCGGACGCUCCCUUAGCCUAA